UGACCAGCAGCUCUAGCCCAUGCACCAAACCAUUGCCUCUAAGCCUCGCUUCAGGGCCUUCCUUGCCCACUUCCCUCAUGCAGGGGGACUCCCUUUCUGAAGACAGGAAAGUAGUUGUUAAUUCAGCCAUCUUCUGUAAUGCUGCCACACUUUCCCUGCCCUUUGUUUUCCCAUCAAGCAUAGACAAGGGCCUGGCAGGGCCCAGGCAGGCCUGGAGCCGGGAGCUUGCCUGCCCCAGCGUGGCCCUCAGCCCCGGGGCUGUGCUGCCACCUGUGAGGGGGCAGUGUGGAUCUGAGUGGGCUGCCUGUGAGGGCUCGCCAUGGAGCUCCGGAGCAUCCCCCAAAGUGGGGAUCCUGCUGCAGAAGUCAAAGGCAGAAGAGAAAAUCAAGUCUGGUAUUUGAAAAUAUCAAAACUGGCUCUGGCUUUUGCAAUUAUCCACUCAAAACCACCAGGGAAGAGCUGCAAAGAAUACACUGAGCAUCUUGCCAAAAUUGUAUCUGAACAAGAUUUUGGCUGGAAAUCGAAAGUUGAAGUACUAGAAGCUGAAGUUUUUCGAUUACGUCAGGAACUUCUUUUGAACAAGAUCUGUCGGAGAGUCUGCUUGGAAAGUGGUAAACCAGGUGUCCUUGCUGAAACUCAUCUGGAUCAGGAAUGUAUAAAUCCUGUGAGUAACUCAAGCCAGUUAGAAGACUCUGGAUGUGAUGUGUCUGACUACGCAUUCGAUUCUUUAGGCAUUGCUUCUGAUUUUCACCAAUUUGAGCAUAAUAUUGACACAUCUAAAAGUUGGUUGGAAAUAGUUCCCCCAUUGAAUCUUUGCUCUGCUAGCAAGGAUGAAUCGCUGACUGCUCCGGUACAGUUUUUUCAACAUCUGCUUGAAAUAAGAAAACUGUCAGAAGGAGGAAUUCUGCAAGCAGACUUUACAGAGCUUGAGAAUGAUUCUUUUACCAUAUGCAAUUCAGUGUCUCAGUUGCUUGAUGGACUGACUGCUUUUUUCAACAGUCCUAAAUUUCCUGUUUCAAAUGUUCUUACUGAGGCAGUUUGUGUUUUGAUCAAAUUAAUAACUAAUACUAAAUUAUCUAAUCAUGUUCUGAAGAAAUGUUUCAAGAAGCUGGAAGAAUUUAAGAAAAAUCUAAUUCAGAUCAUUUUAAGAAACAGCAGUGUCAAUAGGUUUCAGGCACUGGAUGCUGUAUCACACACUCUGCUUUUGCUAGGAAGGAACAACAUACUAAGGAAUUCUUUGGUAUCUUUUCUACUGUCAGAACUACGGCAGUUUGCUGAGCAGCUGUUGCAAGCUUACCAGAUCCAUGAAAUGUAUGACAUUACUCAGUAUGAAAAUAUUUUUUCUUUGUUCAUGAUUCUGGAACAACUUCUUCAAUAUGAGACAGAAAAAAGUAAUAUUUCAAGCUUGGACUAUGAUGGAGAAGAAAAAAUCAAAUUUCUGAAGAACCUUGAUCAAAUUAUUCUUCAUCUUUCAGAUGAAUUCCCUUUGUUUUCUUUAUAUUUAUGGAGAGUGAGUGUUCUUUUGAACUCAGCUCAAAUACAAAUUGAUUAAAAUAACCAACCUACUUCUUAACAGUGCCUUUGUUGUGGGACUGCAUUGGAAAAUGUUCGAGCCAGACAGGAAAAUUGUAGUUAUUGGAAAACAUUUACUUUAAACUACUAUGCUGUACAGCAGUUUCAGAGAUAAUGCAAUUUAUUUCCAAUUUUAAAUAUAAAGAAAUGUAAUAAUCCAGAUGCUGUUUUGAAUAAAAGCUAUUUAUUGUAAUGGAAAACAAUAUGUUGGUGUUUGCAUACACAGUGAAAAUGCUACCAAAGAAAAUUGUUUCAGGUGAUGCUCAAUAUGCACUAUGAACUUUAAAGCCAAGAAAUAAUGGGUGUGUAGACCUAGGCUUCCACAUUAGGAAACAAAGAGUUCUGUAGCUUCUGUGUGCAUGGGAGACAUUCGAUGGUUGGGCAUACUGAUAAUAUGAAAUAAAAGACUGAACAUCUGUAAAAAAUGGCAAUGACAUGCUCAGUACGAUGGAGCAAAAAUUGCUGUCUGAUAAUGGAAUUUUAAAAAAUGUUUAUUUUUAAAUACGGUAACUUAUCAAUACCUAUUCUUCUAGGAUGGUCUUAGUUUCUGAUUUAAUCAAAAUAAUUAUUAUCUGAGCAAAAUAAAAUCUGAUGCUUAGUUUUACAACUUUCUUACUUUCACUGUAUAUUGCUUGGCUUUCCUCUGUGUGUGUAAACAGUAGGCCUAAUUUACGCUGAGUUGACUAAUGAUUUCAAAGAUUGUCUGAUUAAAUUUAACUCCUUUUAUGAUUGGUUUAAAUCUUUCUGUUCAAAAUUAAUGAACAUUGAUAAAAUCUCAUUUGUAUGGUUAUUUGUUUGUUGUCUUUUUUUUACAUUUUAUUUUUGUGCAAUCCAAUUGUAUUCAUAGUAAUAAUUAACGUCACAUGUUAAUAGAAACAUAAAAAGCCUGUAAAAUGAGUUCAGCAAUAGCUUAGCUGAUCCAGAGAGGAUUUAAUAAAUUGGGGGUGGUGGUGGUGGUAAUUUUUAUAAUGACAACGUUUUUUCUGGUAGAUAAACAACAUUUGAGUUUUGUUACGUCUCCUUGUAGUGUCUAGUUACCAAAAAUCUAAAACAUUUUUAGCAUUUUUCCUUAUCCUUCCCCCUACACUUUUUAAAGACCAAUUUUUAUGUCCAAAAAUUAUCUGAAACAUGGCAUUUUCAGUACUGUAAAUAAUUUAUUUUGUUAACUUGGAUGCACUUAUU